AUGCCAGAAAAGAUAAAGGCGGCUCCCACAGUCGUCUAUCCCGAAUCGGAUGGUAAACCUAUGGCUGAAACCGAUCAACAUCGGAAACUCAUGAUGGAUUUUAUUCUCAUGCUUGAAGACCAUUUUGAGGAUGUCAAUGAUGUUUACGUCUCUGGGAAUCUACUAAUGUAUUAUGAAGAGGGAAACAUUUUCAAAUCUGUAGCCCCUGAUGUGUUCGUCGUCUUCGGAGUCGGUAAAAAAGACCGGCGUACCUACAAAACGUGGGAGGAGGGACGCACGCCCGAUUUUGUGUUAGAAAUCGCGAGUCCAAGCACGUAUAACAAAGAUAUAACCAGCAAGAAGGAACUGUACGCAUCUAUUCUUGGGGUUCGUGAGUAUUACAUCUAUGACCCGUGUGGUGAAGUGUAUCCACAUUUUCAAGGGUAUCGUCUCAUAGAUGGCACAUACCAAGCGAUGGAAUUUGUGAAUGGACGUUUGCCGUCGCUUGUGUUGGGUUUGGAAUUAGGCGAACAUGAUGGGGUUCUGAGUCUGUACGAUGCAAGUCUUUCGACGUGGGUUCCACCACCUAAAGCGCGGGUUGUAGCAGCGGAAACACGGGCUGAAAACGCGGAAACGCGGGCUUCCGAGGAAGAACGAGCUCGGCGACAGGCGGAAGCACGCGCUUCCGAAGAGGCGCAGGCACGCCAACACGCCGAAACCCAACUUGCCAACACUUUAGCACUUCUUGAGCAGCUUCAGAAAAGGACAGAUACCGAGCGGAUUCGCGGUACCUCUGAAGGUGUCGCCGCACGGGUUCGCGACUACGUUUUUGAUGUACUCGAACUCGGACUUCGCGACAUCCACUACCGAGAUUGGGGAGAACCCCCCGGUAACGGCGGAUUCCUGUUCAAUGGCGGGCGGCUUUACAUUGAUAUGGGGCAUCUUGAAUAUGCAACCCCCGAAUGUGCUACACUCUUUGAUCUUGUCGCUUACGAUAAAGCCAUUGAACGCAUCAUCAACAACAUCCUCACUGAUACAGGGUUACCGACUGCCUUCUUCAAAAAUAAUAUUGACCAUUUCACGGGGGCGACCUUUGGAUGUCAUGAAAACUUCCAAAUCAGCCGAGAGGUCCCAUUUUACCGUGUAGUUAUUCCAACACUCAUGCCGUUCUUCGUUACCCGACAAAUUUACGCCGGUGCCGGCAGAGUCGGUGUUUAUGAUGAGAUGAUUGAGUUUGGUACCCAAGAUAUAUUGGAAGGGCAGCAGGGACUCGCUGAGCAACAGCAUUAUCAAAUCUCGCAACGCGCUGAUCACAUUGUCACUGAAAUUUAUGAAUGGAUUCAGUUCAGUCGUGCUAUCAUCAAUACAAGAGACGAACCACUCAGCGAUUACACAAAAUACCGACGACUUCAUCUCCUCGUCGGGGAUUCUAAUAUGUCGGAGUACGCUACCGCACUCAAGGUCGGAACGACUUCGCUCUUGCUCUCAGCGAUUGAGACGUUCUAUGAGAUGCACGGUGAAAAAUUACCGCUCCCGGGUUUUGAACUCGCUGACCCGCACAAGGAGAAAACCAUGGCUGAAAACAGAUGCAUACACACGGAUUGUGAAGGAUUUUACCGUCGGGACUUUCUGAAAGCUGGUGCCCUCGGAUUGUUUGGCUUGAGCCUCACAGACUUUUUCCGACUCAAGGCACAAGCUGCAACCGCAGAAGCGAGCGUUAGCGCGCCGAGUGCUUCUACAGGUGCUGCUACAUCCGUUAUCCUUGUCUGGUUAGGUGGUGGACCAAGCCACCUUGACAUGUGGGAUCUUAAACCGGAUGCCCCUGAAGAAAUUCGAGGGCUUUUCAAGCCGAUAGCGACCAAUGUCAACGGCAUCCAAAUUAGUGAACAUUCUCCCAGACUCGCACAACAAACCGAUAAGCUCUGCAUCAUCCGUUCGAUGACCUCUCCAGAGGCAGCGCAUGAGCGUGGAACACACUAUAUGAUGACGGGCUAUCAACCCUUACCCGGUUUUGCUGUCCCGGGGUAUGGUGCCGUUAUUUCCAAACUCAAAGAACAGCGGAGUGCUUUGCCGCCUUAUAUUUCUGUCCCCGCACCUGUCGCUUAUGGCGGUGGUGGGUUCUUAGGCGCAUCGCUUGCACCUUUCUCACCUGGCGGAAAUCCCGCGAGCAAUAACUUCAAAGUACGCGACCUCGAACCACCUAAAGGUGUCUCUUUUGAACGUGUUGAACGCCGACGCUCUUUACGCCAAGCCGUUGAUGCUGCCUUCAAAAAAUAUGAGGCAGGCAACCCAGCUGCAGAAGCGGUUGACAACUUCUAUACCUCCGCUUAUAAUCUGAUGAGUUCCACCGAUGCCCGCGCUGCGUUUGAUCUCAAUGCUGAACUCGAUAAAACGCGCGACGCAUAUCGACGGGACACCUUCGGACAAAGCUGUCUCCUCGCAAGAAGGCUCGUCGAAGCGGGUGUUAACUUCGUCACAGUCAGCAACGGUGGAUGGGAUAACCACAACAACAUCUUCUCAUCUUUGCCUGGGAAACUCAACGCUUUCGAUCAGACGAUGACUACCUUAAUCACAGAUCUGAGCGAUCGCGGAUUAUUGGAAACCACGCUUGUCAUCGCUAUGGGUGAGUUCGGCAGAACGCCGAUCAUCAACAGAAACGCUGGACGUGAUCACCAUUCCCGCGUCUUCUCAAUCAUGCUCGCCGGGGCGGUGUCCAAGGUGGACAAGUCAUCGGUGCUUCCGAUCCGCUUGGGAUGGAACCUGCUGAAACGCCGGUACGCCCAGAAGAUUUAUCAGCGACACUCUAUCAAUCCCUCGGUGUUGAUUAUAAUCAGAACCUUGAGUCACCUGAUGGGGUCCGUAUUGUCCUCUCACGUGGGGGUAGACCCAUCCGUGGUGUACUGA